AAUUUUUCAGUCAGGAAACUCAAACCAAACAUCACAUCAGAAUCUGAGAGAGUCGCCCAAUUUAUUGAAACCUGAAUAUCAUCGGAUUUUGAACAUGGAAGGAAAAAGCACCAUUCACAGUGGAGAGAAACUGUGGAAAUGUGGAGACUGUGAGGAGGGAUUCAAAUUUCCAUCUGACCUGGAAACUCACCGACGCAGUCACACUGGAGAAAGGCCAUUCACCUGCUCCGUAUGUGGGAAGGGAUUCACUCAGUCAUCCAGUCUGCUGAGACACCAGCGAGUUCACAGAGGUGAGAGACCAUUCACCUGCUUUGACUGUGGGAAGGGAUUUGCUCAGUCAUCUAACCUGCUGAGACAUCAGCGAGUUCACACUGGGGAGAGACCAUUUACUUGCUCCAAGUGUGGGAAAGGAUUCGCUCGGUCAUCUGACUUGCUGACGCACCAGCGAGUUCACACUGACGAGAGACCUUUUAAAUGCUCAGACUGUGGGAAAUGCUUUAAAAGUUCCCGGGACCUGAUGCUCCAUCAACGUGUUCACACGGACGAGAGACCAUUCAGGUGCUUUCGUUGUGGGUCUGGAUUCAGACAGUCAUCUCAACUCACUGAGCACCAGCGAGUUCACACCGGGGAGAGGCCAUUCACCUGCUCUGACUGUGGGAAGGGAUUCGCUCAGUCAUCCAACCUGCUGACACACCAGCGAGUCCACACUGGAGAGAAACCUUUCACCUGCUCUGACUGUGGGAAGGGAUUCACUCAGUUAUCCACCCUGCUGAAUCACCAGAGUGUUCACACUGAUAAGAGACCCUUCAAAUGCCCAGAAUGCAGAAAGUGCUAUAAAAAUUCCAGGGAGCUGAUGUCCCAUCAACGUGUUCACACUGAUAAGAGACCUUUUAAAUGCCUGGACUGCGGAAACUGUUUUAAAAGUUCUGGGGAAUUGAUGCGCCAUCAACGUAUUCACACUGACGAGAGACCAUUCAGGUGCUCUCACUGUGGGACUGGGUUCAAGACAUCAUCUGAUCUCACUGUACACCAGCGAGUUCACACAGGGGAGAAGCCGUUCACCUGUCCCAACUGUGGGAAGGGAUUCACUCAGUCAUCCACCCUACUGACACAUCAGCGAGUUCACACUGGGGAGAGACCAUUCAUCUGCCCCAAGUGUGGAAAGAGAUUCACACAGUCAUCCAACCUGAUGAGACACCAGCGAAUUCACAACCAGCUGAGCUUUCCGUUUCUUCACACCACUUCCAAGGCCCUUCCAAGCAGUCAGCCUCCAGAGGUCACAACUAUUGGCAACUGUCUCCCCGUUGUCAGUGUCAAUCUCCUCCACCUUCAUAUCCUCCUUGCAGUGGAGACCUGGAUGUCCGGAGGAUUGUUACCCAGUGGCCAGUUCACCUACAGAAGAGCUCUGGGUAAACAGCCAUCAUCUAUCCGAUGGACGUGGCUGAGCCAGCACUUUUACUUUAGUUGCCCAAUUUAUCAUGAGUAUCAUCAGAAUUUGAACAUGGAAGGAACAAGCACCAUUCACAGUGGGGAGAAACUGUACAUGUGUUCUGUAUGUGGUCAAAGCUUCAACCAAUCAUCUGGUCUGUCAAAACAUAAAUGCAGUCUCAACAGGGAGAAACCGUGGAAAUGUGGCGAUUGUGGGAAGGGAUUUAAUUACCCAUCAGAACUGGAAACUCAUCAGCGAGUACACACUGGAGAGAGGCCGUUCACCUGCUCUGUAUGUGGAAUGGGGUUCACAAAGUCAUCCACUCUGCUGACACACCAGCGAGUUCAUACUGGGGAGAGGCCAUUCACCUGCUCUGUAUGUGGAUUGGGAUUCACUCAGUCAUCCACUCUGUGGACACACCAUCGAGUUCACACUAGGGAGAGACUGUUCACCUGCUCUGUGUGUGGAAAGGGAUUCACUCACUCAUACACCCUGCGGACACACCAUCGAGUUCACACUAAGGAGAGACCGUUCACCUGCUGUGUGUGUGGGAGGGGAUUCAUUAAUUCUUCCAACCUGAUGACACACCAAAGAGUUCACACCAAUGAGAGACCUUUUAAAUGUCUGGACUGCGGGAAGUGUUAUAAAAGUUCUCAGGAACUGAUGUACCAUCAACAAGUUCACACUGAUGAGAGACCGUUCAGGUGCUCUGACUGUGGGACUGGGUUCAGACGAUCAUCUCACCUUGCUGUACACCAGCGCACUCACACUGGAGAGAGGCCAUUCACCUGCUCUGAGUGCGGAGAGGAAUUCACUCAGUCAUACACCCUGCUGAGACACCAGCGAGUUCACACUGGGGAGAGGCCAUUCACCUGCUCUGAGUGUGGGAAGUGUUUCACUCAGUCAUCUGCAUUGCUUAGACACCAGCGAGUUCACAGUGGGGUGAGGCUGUUCACCUGCUCCAAUUGUGGGAAGGAAUUCACUCAGUCAUCCAACCUGCUGAGACACCAGCGAGUUCACACUGGGGAGAGGCCAUUCACCUGCUCUGAUUGUGGAAAGGGAUUUACUCAAUCAUCUAACCUGCUGAGACACCAGCGAGCUCACAAGUUACAACAGUGAUUGGAUUUUGCUGUUAAUCACAUCGAGGACUGAACUAUGUUCAUUGGGUCUGUUAAUAGACUCCACCCCACCCAAGUUAUAGAGGCUAAUAUUCUGGACAAAGAUCAAGUUUCUUUUCUUUGUGAUAAUCACACUGUGUCAUGUCUUUUUAGUAUCUCUGAAACAAGUUAGUUCCUUUUGAAGGGCUCUCCCUCUCCCCCGUCUCCUCUAUCCACACCUCCAACAACAAGUGUUAGGUUCUCAUGGAGUUUCUUUGUCAUUAAGAUUGAGACAAUAUGAUCAGCUGCUUCCCUCCCUUUCAUUAGCCCACUGGGUCAUUCUGUCUUUAAACUUCCCCCUUGUCUGAACUCACAUCUUUCUCUGGUUUCCCUCCUACCUCCCAUCAUACCCCCUCAUUGCUCACCUUGUCCAUGAGACCUGCCUUCUCCCUUUACUCUUUCCCCACUUAAAGCACUGAUCACCCAACUUCCCUACGUUAUCUGAUAUUGUUAAUGGCUCUGUCUCUCUUCUGAUACUGUCCCUCUCCCCUUUAAAUUCACCCUCAUCAUCCACCCAAAAAACCUUUGACACCACUGUCUUUGCAAAUAUUACUACCCCAUCUCCAAUCUCCCUUUCCUCUCCAAAGUCCUUGAAGUUGGUGUUCCCCAAGGAUCUAUCCUUGGCCCCUCCUAUUUCUCAUCUGCAAGCUGCCACUAGGCGACAUCAUCCAAAAGCACCGUGUUAGUUUUCACAUGUACACUGACAACGCCCAGCUCUACCUCACCACCAUCCCUCUCCAUUCCUCCACUGCUUAUCAAACUGCUUAGCCGACAUCCAGCACUGGAUGAGUAGAAAUUUCCUCCAAUUAAAAAUUGGGAAGACCAAAGCCAUUGUCUUCAGUCACCACUACAAAUUCCGUUCCCAAACUCCCGAAUCCAUCCCUCUCCCUGGGAACUGUCUGAGGCUGAACCACACUGUUCACAAUCUUAGUCUCAUAGCUGACCCCAAGAUGAGCUACUGAUCACAUAUCCACACCAUCACUAAUACCAGAUAUUUCAAUCUCCAUAACAUCUCCUGUCUUCACCCCACCCCAGCUCAUCUGCUGCUGAAACCCUCACCUAUGUCCGUGUUACCUUUAGACUUGAUGAUUCCAAUACAUUUCUGAUCAGCCUCUCACAUUCACCCUGCCGCAACACGGAAAUGUGAGAUUAUCCAAAACUCUGCUGCCCGUGUGCUUUCUCAGACCAUGUCUCAUUCACCCAUCACCUCUGUGCUCACUGACCUACAUUGGCUUUUGGUCAAGCAAUGCCUUAACUUUAAAAUUUACAUCCUUGUUUUCAAAUUCCUCCAUUGCCCUGUCCCUCCCUAUCUCUGUAAUCUCCAGUUUCUCACAUCCUGUGAGAUAUCUGCACCCUUCUCAUUCUGGCCUCUUCAACAUCCCUGAUUUUAAUUACUCCCCCAAUGGUGCCUGUGCCCAUGCAUGAAACUCUGAAAUUCCCUACUUAAACCUCUCUACCCCUCUAGCUCUCUCUCCUGAUUAAAGAUGCUUGUUAAAAUCUGCUUCUCUAAUCAGCUUUUGGACAUCUGUUCAAAUAAAGACCAAUGUGACUCAAUGUUAAUUUUUUCUUUAUGAUAACUCCCCCAAAGCACUUUGGGAUGUUUUAUUACAUUAACCAUGUUAUAUAAAUACAAUUUGUUACUGUU